AUGGAGUUGUUCGAACAAUAUUUGCAAUCUUUCUUUCAUUUACAUUCCUUCUAUAAUUAUGCUAGAUUGGAUGCAACUAUAAUAAUUUCAAUAUAGGUUGAAAAUUAAAAUCUAGCCUUCAUCUUCACUAGAAUGCCUACAGAUAACAGAAAGUCCAAGGUGACUUCAAAAAGAAUAACUUUUGAGGGUUCUUCUCCAAGAUCUAUAUAAAAAUACUAUACAUUCCCUUCCAAACUAGUAUUAACAAAUUCUUAAAACCGAUAUUAGAGUUAAAUCUUCUUCUCUCCUAAACUACCUGAUUUAACCACAUUAAUGUGCUUAAUAAAAACCUCAAUUAAUCUAAGCAAGUAAGUCUAAAUCGAACUAUAUCUAAUAAAUCUCUACACCCCACUUGAUCAGUGGGCAGGUUAAUUGGAAUUAAAUACCAAUUCCUAUGCAUUAAGUGUAUUCCCCCAGAUGGUUCAUAAGAUUUAGGUUGAUUGUAUCUAUAAAAAUUAAAAAUUCCUUCUCCAAAUCAUUUUUUAAAAUUGUAAAAUUUGUCCAAAUUCAUCCACUUUCCUCUCCAUCAAUUUCAAAAUUAUGGUCAACGAAUAUCUGUCUACCUUCCAGUUGUCUCAUCUUAGUUUUAAAUACAUCACUUUUCACUCAAGUCAUCUCUAGGCCCAUUAUUAUGAUUUAAGAAUUUUGUUUGAAACAUUCUUAAUUCUUUUUUCAAAACUUCCAGUUUCUACAAGUAAUCAAGAUUUAAAAAUCUUCAUUAUUAAUUUUUAAACAUUCACAAAAAGUUAUUUUUAAGAUUCAAUCAAUAAGUAGCCUAAUAAUUAAAUUUAGCCAACUAUUUAUAGCUACUUCCAUUUUAUGAGACUUAAUAGGUUUCGCCUCUUUUGACUAAUGAUAUUUUGAAUAUUAGCUCGAGUAAUUAAUAUAUAUUUUAUAGAUCAGUAUAAGAGAGGAUGAUUCUAAAGAAAAGAACUUCUUUCCAAAUAAUAUUAAUAAUUAAUAUAAGAGUUUCUGAAAAAAAUCAACAUAACGAUAUGAAUAAAGAAGUAUAAUUAUAAUAAGAUUUUAAAGGUCUAAAAAUAAGAUAAGACUGAGUUUUAGUGUUAUUUAGUGGUUACUAUUAAUUGUAUUUUAGAUUUCUAAUUUAAAAAACUGAAACCUAAGUAUUUCCUAAAUUUGGAUUUAUAUAUUACUUUAUAUUCAUUGCUAAAUGAAAUAAAUAUUAUAUAUUCAAUAUCUUAUUAUUAUCUAAAUUUAUUCAAAUUGAAAUUUGAGAAAAACUUUGUAAAUUAAUUUAUUAAAACAUUCUUAUUACUAUCCUAAUUCUAUCAAAAACCUGAAUAGAAUAUUAUUCUUCCUUCAAAUUUGAAAUUUAUUCUCCUUUUUAAAUUAAAAAAAAUGUCUUAUAAUUCAGUAACUUCAGGAAAUUAGGAUUAUAAAAUCUCUGGAUGUGGAAUACAUAUACCAAAUGAUAAUUAGCAAGUCUAAUUGGAAAUUUCGAAUGACAGUGCAAUUUUUCUGGCAAAUGUUGAAAGAGAUCUAGGGAAUGUGGUGAGCGGGGGCCACUUUAUCAUUAAGCUUUAUUAGUUGUUACUGGAAAUGCUAUGA